AUGGCUGCCAGGAGCCGCUUUCAUUCAGAAAGCAAAAGUAAUGACCGUCCAGAAACCUUCGAACUCCGCCGGUCGAAAACCUACAAUCUCCUCGUUGGCCGGUGGAAGUCGUUUCGGCGCAGACGCAUAAUCUUGGUCUUGCUCGCAGCAUGGCUCCUCUAUCUCUUCUUCAGGCACAUGCCAACAGAUCUCCCACCUGUCUCUGAACGAUAUGACACUCGCUACGGUCGCUUACACCCGGGGUUACAUGGACCGUAUGGGGUCGAUUCUCAAGAUGCGUUCCGAAACUCCGACCAGGGUUAUGAUGGUCCUAUAAGGUUCUACGAACUGGCCACCACGUUGCAAGAGCAUGAAUUGAUUCGGGAUAUGAAAGGCAAUGUUCUCUUCGCCAUUUCGGACUUGAAAAGCGUACCUCAGGUCCUGCCCAUGGCAUGUGCAAUGUCACAGCACAACAGGAGUCGAGUUCAUCUGGCGUUCAUGGGGCGUCACGCCGCAGCCUGGCCAGACAUUCGUGCAGCGAAUGGGCUCGAAGAUUCAGGGUGUAAUAUAUUCUUGCACGAUGCUCGACCGGACCAUGCAGCUCAAUCGUCCGUGUCGAGGCUGGAGGUCGGUGCAAGUGCGAGUUUGGGACAUAUCCAUUCUGCCAUACGCCUGUCUGCGGUCUUAACUACAGCACACGAGGAUGACCACUUGAUGAACGCUUUGAGAGGGAAAACGUCGUCGCUUGGUCUCCCUCUCAUAACGCUUCCUGCCAACAGCCAGCACAGUCUGUCGUGGAUCUCAUCUCUGGACGCUGCAUCGCUCUCGCAGCUCAAGAAAAUCCAGAUUGAUAUUGUAAUUCAAGCGCGGCCUGAGUCUUCAGCUUCUCUGAUGCGGCUUCUGCGAUCGAUCAAAGACGCCGACUACUCGGGAUGGCCGCUUCCCAGAAUGACGGUGGAACUCCCCAAUAACGUUGACCCGUUCCUUGCCCGAUAUUUGUCAAACUUCCGAUGGCCUGCCAAUGGCGCUGGCAGUGAGAGCAGACUCACAAUCAAGCACAGGCUUGAUGCAAGGCUCAUGACUCCGGUGCAGGCGUCUAUGCGGACGGUCGAGUCCUUCUAUCCUGCAGACCCCAGCACGUCUCAUCUUCUGCUGCUCUCGCCCAACACCGAGCUCUCGCCAGACUACUUCCAGUUCUUGAUGCACACUUUGCUCGAGUACGGAUACGGAUCACAAAGUACAAGUCUGAUUGGCAACUUGGCUGGCAUCUCGCUGGAUCUACCUCGAUAUGGACCAGACCUGAAAACAAAAGCGCCAUAUGGAGGACAGCUUGCGAAGCCCUUCACCCUAUGGCAAGCGCCCGCAUCCACUGCGGUGCUCUAUUUCGGAGACCGGUGGGUGGAAUUCCACACUUUCCUGUCUUAUAGACUCCUCCUUGAUCCGAAGCUCGCGUCGCAGACAAAGUCUACACCUAUGUUGUCCCACGAAUAUCCCGCAUGGAUGGUACCGAUGCUUGAAAUGAUGCAAGCGCGUGGUUACUAUGUUUUGUACCCGAGUUUCCUGGAGAGGGAAGGACUAUCAGCGGUCACGGUGCACAGCGAACUUUCUCAAUCCCCUGAAGAAUACUUGGCGGAGGCAGAAGACCAAGCAUCCGAUAAGGGCGCAUCAAAGAUCAACUUGGCUGAUGAAGCGCUGACGGCGGAUGACGAGAUCGCUCGACUGAUGCGCCAGGAACAGAAGCUCUCCCGGAACUCGCUUACCACUCCUCUUUUGGAAGCCACGGUCCAACAACGGGAAGAUGACUUUACAACAGAGCCUGGUAUUCCAUUGAUGUCCUUUGACGGCGAAAAGAGAGAAUGGGCGGAUUCCUGGAUCCUGGCGUCGAAGUUCGCCGAGGAUUUCGCAGUUUCGGUUGGAGGAUGUUCGAGCUACAACAAUGACCAAGAGACUAACACUGUCGGGUCACUGUUCUGUGUGGCAGGCACAUGA